AUGUACGGUUCGGCCUUGCGACUUGUUCGUGGCACGCCGCGGGUUCAGGUCCGGUUGCUGAUGCGGCCCUCAUCUCACUACGCACGCGACGCAACGAUCUCUGCCGCCCGGGACCAACAUGAGAAGAGAUCACAUGGGUCACAACAUUCGAACAAAUCCAGCGGCCAAGGCUCGCGAUACAAGAGUCGCUUUGCUCUCAAGUCAACUGUAGUGGCUGGCUUGCCCCUGGGCGCCUUACUCAAAGCUGAGAACGAGAAACACCGUGAGGGCUAUGCGUUCAAAGACCCCUCUGGUUGGGAACGCAUGGAAGCCGGCCCCUCGCUAUCCCUCGAUUUCAUCAUGAAGUAUCAUCAAGUCAUGCAAAACGAAUCUAUCGAGGAAGCUCGCAGCGCCCACUUUGACUUUACGCGAAACGUUCUGGGGUUUUGUCUGCACGGAGAUAUAGUUGAAGAGGGAUCAAUGCAAAACGACAUCAUCUUCGGCAUCGGCCGAUACAUAACAAAAGAAGAUACCAAGAUUUUCUGGGUUCCAUCUCCAGUGGAGGGUAGGAUGUCCACGCUGUGCUUAGCUGUACACCAAGACCUCAGCGACGACGAUUAUCGUUACAUGUUUGUCGACAAGGUUUGCGUGGCUGAGAUGGCGGCACGCGCCCUUGAGAAAUUCGAUGACAGUGGGACACAUGUCUCCAUCAGUUUCCACCAUACUCAGGGUCUCUUUACUCUGUGUGUUCCUCGCGAUGAAUUCUUGAGAGUUUUUGAGCGCAAAAAUCUCUUGGCCAUUCGAGAGUAA